GCCGCCUGCGCGCUGCCGCCGUCGCGGUGAAGGUGCUGCCGCCGUCGCCCGGCCGAGUCGCAGAUUCGUGCCAGCACAUUUCUGGACAUUCUGUUGAGCCCUCUUAAGAAUUCAGAGAAACUGCUGGGUGAUCACUGAAAGAAAGAUCUAAUCUCAGAGCUUACGCGUAUUCCCUUCACCACCUCAGAACAAUGUCCUAUGUUUUUGUAAAUGAUUCUUCUCAGACUAAUGUCCCCUUGCUACAAGCUUGUAUUGAUGGAGACUUUAACUAUUCCAAGCGGCUUUUGGAAAGUGGCUUUGACCCUAAUAUUCGUGACAGCAGGGGCAGAACAGGCCUUCACCUUGCAGCAGCCCGAGGGAAUGUAGACAUCUGCCAGUUAUUGCAUAAAUUUGGUGCUGAUCUUCUGGCCACAGAUUAUCAAGGAAACACAGCUCUUCAUCUCUGUGGCCACGUAGAUACUAUUCAAUUCUUGGUUUCCAAUGGACUCAAAAUUGAUAUUUGCAACCAUCAAGGUGCUACACCAUUAGUUCUGGCAAAGCGCAGGGGAGUGAAUAAAGAUGUCAUUCGAUUGCUGGAAUCUUUGGAAGAACAAGAGGUAAAAGGAUUUAACAGAGGAACCCACUCAAAACUGGAAACCAUGCAAACAGCAGAGAGUGAGAGUGCCAUGGAAAGCCAUUCUCUGCUCAAUCCCAACCUACAGCAAGGGGAAGGAGUCCUGUCCAGCUUCCGAACCACAUGGCAAGAAUUUGUAGAAGAUCUGGGUUUCUGGAGGGUGUUGCUUUUGAUCUUUGUUAUUGCUCUGCUGUCUCUUGGCAUCGCCUACUAUGUGAGUGGGGUACUCCCCUUUGUAGAAAACCAGCCAGAACUGGUGCACUAAAGUUGCUCAGGAGAUGAGGCACAUGCAGGUGUCCUGGCUUCCAAUACUUGUUCCCAGUGUCUCAAAAUUUUUCUCUUAGUGCAAGGCAGUGAGGGCUGUACAAAUUUUUUUUUUUGCAUUUUUAUGUAUUGUAGUCCUUUUAGAAAAACAUCUUUUGAACUAACUACAUACUAUAGUCGAGUAUACUUCAUCCUAAAGCUACCUCUGACUCAACCUGACUUCUUCAGAAACUGUACACUUAGGAAAGUCUACAUUCUGAUAACCCGUGGAGAUGGCGAAAGAAGGAAAGAGAAAGGAAGAGACUAGGAAGUCCUUGCUAUAGAAACCUUAUCCUAACAUAGGAGCAACUACAGUGAAGUGUUCAAAAAGGUUUUCUUAUAAUAUUAGUUUUGGUUGGUGGUGGUGUUUUUGUUUAAUUUUGCAAGAGCCCCUUUUAUCUUUUUAUUUGCAGUAUCUGGGAACGGGGGAGAGAAUGAAACAUUCAGCUUAAAACUUGAAGUAUUUUUUUCAGAUCCUGUACAGUAAAUCAGUAUUGUUGGAAUCUGUUUGGUUUGUUUUAAUAGUUUUAAAUCUAGUCACAAACCAAAUAGAACUUUUGAAGAUGAGCUGUAUUUUUUCCAAAAAUAUUUGAUUUGAUCUUGUAUUUAUUUUUUUAGAAUAAUUUUGAUUUUUUUGUAAAUUGCUUUGGUUGUGGCUAAUAUCUAUAGAAAAUUGGACUUAGGAGUUCAUUUUGUUCAGUUUCUCAAGCGUAGUCAUCAAAAAUACAAUCAGAAACUUUUUACUCAGUAGUUAGUAAGGAAAAAUAAUUCUGAUAUUUAACUGUCAUUGUAAUUGUGUAGUGCUAUUAUUGUGGUAAAAAAAAAUACAGUUCUAUAAGCUAGCUGUGUUGUCACAAUUGUACCAUAGCUCAUAAUUAUUUCAUUUUAUGUGCAAUUCUGUUUAGAAGCCAUGUUAGAAUUGUCCUACCACCCCGAUCCGUGUCAGUAAUUCUCUGAUGGCAAGAGUGGAUGUAGUAUUUCUGAACUAACAGCAUUGAACACCGUUAUGCUAUGUGUCAUAAACUCUUUAUGAAUGAUAAUAUUGUGAAUUUGAAAUCUGGCACCCAAAAUAUAUUGUAACUUUCAGCAAUGUGUUUGAAAAUCUCUUGUUAAUGAUUCUGUUGUGUAUAAGACAUUUUCUUGAAUUAUUAAAAAAAAAAUAAAGACUUGAUAAUUAUUCAUUAGGUAUAGUCAGAAAGUUGUAGUGAAAAGAACUGACAUUCUUAUUUUAUAGAACAAAGUAAUCUAAGCUACUGCUAAUUGAAUUGUUGCUAGAAUUAGAGUUUAUACUUUAGAAUAGAAUUAGAUUUCUGUGAUUCUUUUUGCUGCUUGAUAUUUUCUCUUUUGUAUUUAUCUAUCUAGGAUGUGACUUUAUCCUCUCAAAAAUUUCUGAUUUAACUGGCUGCUUCAGGAUCAGCUCACAGAGUCUUGCUUUUAGCUUAGAUACAAACAAAAUAAAUUACAUUUGAUGGAAAUACAGCAAAAAUGGUGUACUUUAAAAUGAGGAACACUUAGAACUCAAAAUCAAAGUAUAUUUAGAAUGAAAGCUUUGGAGUUAGCUUUACAUUUGUUUGUAAAUCUAAACAAAUAUGCAAAAUUGAUUAGCAUAUAUGGACUAUAUCACAUUCCUUAAAGGUUAAUGUUUUAAUUGCUGAUUUCUUUGUAUUUCUCUACAUUCAGCAUUCAGCAGUACUACCAAUAAAUGUCUUUAUAAUCUCUUAAUCACAAUCUAUAUUCUUACUGUUUUUUUC